AUGGCGGGAAACGCAUCCGUCAUAACGGUUGGCUCAUCCUCACCCUCAGUCCUUUAUUCUACCUACUCUUCAACAAGCGACUCGACCCUUGCAGACGAGAAUCACACAAACCCAAGCGGAGAUCGCUCCUUCAUGUCUGAGACGGCUGGGAGUUCUCAGGCGUCAUCAAACGGCCUUCCCCUGAGACUCAGCAACGAAACUAGGCUGCCUGCAGAUUCGAACAACGGGGGGCUAGUCAACGAAAACAUGUUGGCUGAAAUUGCCUCCAUGGACCACCCGGAGAGGGAAUAUGUUUCACAGUGGAAUUCACCAGCACAGGUUGAUACCGUGAUGACAGGAGCAUUAGGGGCUGUAGUCGGGGAUCAUGGUGACGGGAUCUUUGAUAUUAUCUGA